AUGUCAGUUAAUACUAUGAUAGUAAAAAAACGUGAUAGUGACGAACUUGGCCCUUGUUAUCGACAUAAACAUCAUAUCGAAUGUUUUGAAUUAACGAAUGCUGCUGAUAUUAUUCGAAAAUCGAUCGAGGAUAUUUUACAUUCAAAUGACUAUGAUGAUGAAAAAACAGAAAACUGGAGUAUGGAAAUUGUGAAGAUGUGUCAAGAACAAUUGUACCAAUCACAAAAAGAUUUUAAAAUGAUUGUCACAUGCAUUAUUGUACCGAAAAAAGGCAAAAAUGUUCAUAUGAGUAAUGCGUGUUUAUGGCAAUUUCCUAUUGAUGGUUCAUGUAUAAUCAGAUGGGAAAAUCUCUCAAUGUAUUGCGUUGUAUCCGCUUUUGCUUUAACACUCUGA